AUGGACAAGGCGUUUCUUGAUACGGGAGUUAUCUCCACUGUUGUCUCGACACUCAGCACCAAAAACAUCACUGCUUUCUUGAAUGACCCAUCCCAUGCUAAAACACGCUCAAUUGCUCUAGUUUCAUUGUGCACUGUUAUUACUGCUUAUGCACUUUCUCGAUCUCGAUCGCAUUCGAAAAAGCAAGAAGCGCCAUUGGUGCCUUAUACAUUCCCACUAAUAGGAUCUUCAAGAGAGUACCGCAAAGAUCCAAAAGCCUUCAUUGAAAAGUGGACAUCGAUACUAGGACCUGUGUUUCGAGUUCAUCUCUACGGAAGAAUACAUACUGUGAUAUCUGGAGAAUAUACACGCUCCCUUCGUAAGGAUGAUUUUAACUUUGAGCUAGGAAGGAUAAAGACCUUUGAUCUUUGGUUAUUGCUUGAUGCACCAAAGAGAGGAAGAUUUGUCCCGGAAAAGAUACGCCGUACAAUUAUCACAUACACCAAUGCGAAGAUGAUGGCCAACACGCCAAGCAUUGUGGGGCAAUUGAUGUCGGCAGAGCAUGAUAUAUUUGGGGAUGAUCAAGAGCCAUUGGAGCUGGACAAUUUGCGUCUUUUUAUUGAGCACCUAGUGGCCAUUGCCAGUAUAACCACUUUUGUGGGUCCGGAGUUUACCAAGGAUGAAGAACUGGUCGAUACAUACAAACAUCUUUCUCGUGAUAUCUACAUGGAGCUAGGUGAUGGUAAUGUGUUCCUUGACGCAUUCCCAUCAAUUAAUCGUUUGCGAAUGUGGUAUCUUGGCAAAUAUGGAAGUGCUGUCGGUAAACAUAGAAGGCAUUUACUUGAAGUGAUCGGACCUAUUGUUGACGAAAGGUUGGCAGCCACUGAAAAUGGAAAAGAAAAUCCGUAUGACUUUAUUCAAUGUGUCAUUGAAGAGACCAAACUCACGCCUCGCGACCCUGAAAAACAUUUGCUGAUUGCGAACUGGCUUUUGGGGGUGGUAGUUGUGGCGAAUCAAACUACUAAAGAUAAUGCCACUGUUAUCCUUUAUCGCAUUUUGCAGCAUCCAGAAGUGAUUGAUGAGCUGUUGCAAGAACAGAACCAAGUCCUGGAGAAGCAUCAUGGACCCGGUGCCAAUGAUAAUGAUGAUUUGACCACAUUAUUCACUGGUGGAGUGAUCAAGGAUCUUGUCAAGCUUGAUAGCGUGUGUCGUGAAGCUACGCGACUACGCAGCUUUUAUCUUGAUUACCCGCAUACUUACAUUGGCAAGUCGCCGUUCACUUUUACAAACGGUUACACCAUUCGACCUGGACAAGAAGUGUUGCUUAAUUUAUGGGGCAACCAUCAAGAUGCAAGCGUGCAGCGUGAUGGUUUGGGUGAUUAUCAUCAAUUUAAACCUUUCCGCUUUGUUGGCGUUGAUCGUCCAUCAACCAAGCUCGGAGAUGAUUUCUUGGUUUUUGGUUUAGGAUCCCACUCAUGCCCUGGUCGCUGGUUUGCAAUGCAUCAAACGAAAACAAUCAUAUCAAUGCUUCUUCGGCGCUAUCAAUUCAUCCUACAAGAAGCCAUCACCUUCCACCAAGACAACCGAAAGCACAUUCCAUCGGGCAAAGUCACCAUUCAAAAGAUGCAAUAG